UAAUUGAUGAGAGCAAUGCCAUUGCCGUCUGUCUGCAGCGUGAUGCGUGUGGCCAUCCCGUUCAUUUCGGUGGUUGGCCUGCUAAGCGUGAGGCUUGUUGGGGCCAGCCAGGACUCUGGGAGUGUCAUUCCAGCGGAAAGUCGUCCCUGUGUUGACUGCCAUGCGUUUGAGUUCAUGCAGAGGGCGUUGCAGGAUUUAAAGAAGACGGCGUAUAAUCUAGAUACACGGACAGAAACCCUCCUCCUGAGAGCAGAAAAGAGAGGCCUCUGUGAUUGCUUUCCUGCAAUACACUGAAAUGAGCACUGGGAUUUGGCCAAUGGACACUUAUUCAUUUAUAAAAUUCUGUUCAAUACUUUACAGGAAGAUCUAGAGUGCAAGUUGUGCCACACCACAAGGAAAACAAUUUUUAUCCAAACAGGUAGAGCUCAGUUAGAUCAUUCUUGCUUUGGUGUGUUUUAUCAUUACUAUAUGUGAUAUUGUAUCCGCUGAAAUGUCGAAAGAAAAAAUAGUACCAAAGCCUCGCUCGUGGGUUUUAUGUAAGGACAGCAUCUCACUUUUCUGAUAUUUCAAGCCAAAUAUUGUCCUUAGAUUCUCAGGCCUGGCCCUCAGCACAUGUAAAUUGCCAUCGAUCUGUGAAAGUCAGUGGAGUCUCAUCGUUUCAUACCAGUUGGGAGAAGACAUCUAAGGAUAUUUUUUAAAUAAUUCUUUGAUAUGUUUAAUGUUAGACUGUGGCCCUAACAUGAAAAGAAAGCUAUUUUGCAAUGAUGCAUAGGUGAAAAGUUACUUGCAAGCAGUCAUAGUUUUAUAUAGAAAUUAAUAGUUGUCAUUGACUGCUUGGCAGUCCGAGGAAGGUAUUUGUCCACAAGUGUAGAGAUUGUUAUCAGCAGUCCAGUACAUAGCAAACACAGUAAUCUGCAUCACAGCAUUAAUUUCUUCAGAGCCACACAGUAGCUGUGAUCUUUUUGCAGGGAUUUAUUAAAUACCUUAAUGUGAUCAGUAACAUUUGUAAUCACAUGAACACCACCUGGCAAUUGAACUGGUUGUGUCUGCCAAAAUCUUCCGGAAAAGUGUCUUUCAUUAAGCAAAUCACAUACUGGGUUGAGCUGCUCUCACUGGCCUCUGUGAAGAGUUCUGGCAAAGAGCCUACAAAACGCCCGUGCGCCCUGAAACCUCCUGCAAACUGUCUGUUGAGGAACAUUUCAGUUCCACCAAAGCGGUCCACGGCUCUUUCGUGAACUUUAUACAGGGAAGAAUUUCACUCCAUAGUGGGGGGAUUAAAGUGCUGAUGCUAUUAAUAUCCCUGCUGCAAUCAGUGGGAGACAGGAGAGAACAGACCCAUGCAGGCAGUGUAACAGUAGACAAGAUUUGGCCUUGUUACUCUGGGGAAAAAAAAGUGGAUCCCUUCUCAUUGUUUUCCUUUUCCCUGUUUUUGGAGGGGGAGGUGGGAGGGGGGGGAAGAGGAGCAGAAAAUGGCCCCAAUGGAAAAUUCUUGUAGACAAUAGAAGAUUUUUCGUAGACUUGAAAUACCAUACCCAACAAAAGUGGGUUUCAAAGUUAUUUUAUUCACUUUUGUUACUAUGUCUAUUUAUCUUCCCAUAAGUGGCUGAUAUUUUACUGUCACACUGCUUAGUAAGAUACAAGGACAAUUAGUAACUUUCUAAAAGCAAACAGGCUAGAAAUAUUUCUUUUAUCAUCAUCCUUAUUAUAUGCUUAUGUGCAUUGCCUGGAUUUGCAAACUGGCACAAGAGAAAGAUUGCUAAGCUUAUUUUAGGGGUUAUAGGUCCCUCGAGCUGCAGUCUAGUGUCAGGAUCAUUUAAUAUUUCCGUGUGUGGAGUGGGAGGGACAGCAAAAGCAACAAGCUGUAGGAGGCAUCAUAUAAACUAUUUUAUGGGUGGUGAACCUAUCUCCUCUGAGCCUCUGUCACCAAGCACAAGGCAGCCUGUUAAGCGUCUCUAGAAAAUACCCUUGGAAAAAAACUAGAAUGACUUGGCUGCAGUAGAUUUUUAUGGCUAAGUCAUAGAGGAACCUUAAUUUUGCAGUGCUUUUUAUUCAUUGGGGGUGAAAUUCAUCCCCGAGCUGAAUGCAAACGCCAAGUCUGUGCAUUACGCAAAAGCCUGGGGGCAGAACGGGGAUGCAUCCAUGUGAUGCGUCCAUGUUGUCUUGGCUGUCUAUACAGGACUGAGCGACACCCUAUCUGACAUUUCUUUCAACUAACUUUACAGGACAAUAUUGUCUUAGAGUUUAUGUGCUUCCCCAGGGAGGGGUACAGCUGACCAAAGGUGUACAUCUUGAUCUUAAAGGUGACUUGGCCUCCCUCUCAAACUAGUGGAAAGAAAGAGAUGUUUCGGGGCUUUGAGUCACGUGACUUAUUUUAAGUUGGUUUCUUUACCGUAAGAUGACUGGCGCUUCAGCAGUGCCAAAUUCUCUUUAUGAACUGUAAAGGGAGCCCAGGACAAGCUGGAGGUCCACCAAUGGUCAGCUGAAAUCCCUCACCCCAAUGAUAUCAGUGUAAGGAUAGAAACUUUAUGACGGAUUUGUACAUUUUCAAACCUCCUCUCACCCCUUUCAUCCCACCAUUGGAAACUGUGACCUACUGCCAAAUUAUUACUUUAUUUGCAGUCAUACUAAAUAUCACAACGGAGUGUACUGCCAAAGCUGUUUGAAAGGCAUGUGGCUCUCAGCAAGGAAAAGCUUCCUUGCACCUGCAUGCCAAGCAGGAAAUUUGCUUUGUCCUUUGUAGUAUUCUAGAAAAACCCUUUAUAUGUCAUCAGGACCCACUAUUUACUGAGGGUGUUCAUGCAGCCCUCAAGUGCACAUUCCCUCCCUCCCCCACAAAUACAUGCAAAAUCAUGCAGCACAUCAUUUCCAGUGGCAUCGCUCUCCGCUGUAACACUGGUAGCUGAUGGGGAGCAAGAGCAGUUCUCACCACAGACCAGGUUUUAUUGUACAGUUCAAACAGUAGGUUUAAAGCAACCCCUUUGCAAAACACUGACCUUAGGUUGCUUUACUCCCACUGAGAUUUGAACUUAAGCAAUGCACAGAUCUCGACUUGGCUUUUCGCAGGAGGUGGGAUUCCAACACUGAACCUGUGAAUUUUCCAGCACAGCUCAGCUUUCGGGGAGGGCAAUGUAUCUGCGGUUUUGUAUUGCUAGUGUGCAUGCUUAUUCUGCUGGUACCUUAAAGACUCUUCAAAAGGCCUAUUAACAAGCGCUAUUUUUUUGGCUGUGUUUUUACUUAGAAAAAUGAUUGCUGACAGUUGAUAUACGCAGUUUAUUAUGAUAAAAAAGUGGAGUGAAUGAUGAGUGGAUGUUUUCUGACGCCCAAGGGAUCAGAGGGACAUUGUAAGUUUACACCUGUGAUGGUAGUGAUUGUGUUAAAUGUACUCCUCUUUGUCUAGAACAAUAAAAAGGCAAGAUGCAUUCUAGUA